AUGUCAGACAAUAGCUUAUCUGAAGAAUUGGACUCCGGUGAUGAUCUUGUUCCACAAGAAGAAGUCAUGGAUCAAAUUGAUAUUAAUAAACGGAACAAGAAGACCAAACCUCAAGACUUGACUUUUAUUGCAGGCCAUCCCCAACACAAGAAACACUACAUUACCUUAGUCAAAGAAGGGUUUGGCUUGGUACCAAACUUCAUCAGUGGCUCACUCCCAAGGAGAGAUGAAGGUAAUCGGGAAUAUUAUUGUGCUACAAUGAUGACUUUAUUCAAACCAUGGCGUACUGGUCAAGACCUUAAAUCUCUCGGUCAAAGUUGGGACGAUGCAUUCCACGUUCAUAACUUUACCCCCCACCACACCCAAGUAAUGUCCAAACUCAAUAUACAAUAUGAAUGUUAUGAUGCCCGAGAUGAUUACUCCAAACAAAGAGAAUUGGGGAAUAUACCCGGUUUACCAAAUAUGCUGGAUAACAUGUCCAUGGAAAAAGGGAAUAACUUCAAUGACCAAGGAGAAUACACCAUGCCAUAUGAAAAUGAUAUUCAACAUGAGGGUGCUGCUGAGUAUGGCAAUACUGGAAAACGUUCUGGAAAACGACUACAACAGAUGGAUGAAAUAGAAAAAAUUCUUGAUGGUUCAGGAUGGCUAGACAAAUGUCCCAGUCAAAUCGAACUUGAAAUACCAAUGGAAUCAAACGAUAUUGAACACAAAACUAAACAGCAGUGGACAGAGUUGAUCCAAAAAAAAACAAGCUAUACUAGAAGAAAGGGAUAA